AUGGCUUUCCUCGGCUUCUUACGGGACAAGAAAGGCAUUACCGCAGCCAGAAAUGUCAUGUACAACAGUGAACACAAUGCCCGCGGUGCAUACAUUCAUGCAUAUAUCCAAACCACACUGUCUGAGGCGGUGCAUAUCAAGCUGGAAAUCUUCAAGAUGCCUGCAGCACGCCAAAGACUGUCUUGGCUCCCGUGCUUGUCUAGCCCUUCCGAACCCGGCCAUGAUGAUGACUUGCCUUUCUUCCUCAAAAACUCCCCUCGGCAGACUCAAAUUUCCGCAAACACUGGUUCUCCGGAAGCAUUCUCGAGGGUCUUCUCAUGGUUCAAAACAUGCAAUGCCGACCAUCCAGCCUGUGGGAAUGGCGCUGACGCACCUUUGUUGCCCACACGAGUGAUCGAUAUUACAAAGGCAGAUCAGCUAGCAUUGGUGGAAAGCAAUGGAGCUCGAGGGCAUUAUCUCUGUCUCAGCCACCGAUGGAUUGAUACAGAUCACAUGCCACGAUGUACCCUGCGCAAUAUAAGCACUCUCAAAGAAAAUAUUCCUUGGAUUUGGAUAACGCCGACUUUUCAGGACGCCAUCACGUUUGCCAGGCAGUUUUCAACUUGGCAUAGGACCGAAUAUGCUGACCCGAUGCCGAUCCGAUAUAUCUGGAUCGACAGCCUCUGCAUCAUUCAGGAUAGUGUCGAGGAUUGGGAGAAAGAGUCAAAAUUGAUGGGCUCGGUCUAUGAAGGAGCCAUUCUGACGGUAGCGGCGGCUACUGGGCAAAAUGCAUGCUUCUCGGUAGCUGAUCCAACCCACAGGGGGUUUUGCGUCUCUGGCAUCCAACACGACAAAACCAGAAUAUACGUGAGAGAGGCCCUAACACACCCCGACUUGAACUGUCCGUCUGUACGAUCCCUUACGUCCAAAGCGCCUACGUCUUCGUUGGACUUGCUCACUCGAGGCUGGGUACUGCAAGAGAGACUCUUAUCUCGGCGAUUUGUCCUUUUUACGCCACUAGAAAUCAUGUGGGAGUGCCUCGAGAGUUUGAAUUGUGAAUGUGGGUUUCACCAAAUCCCUAGUGCUACGGACCUGGACGUCACGAGAACCGGACCAGCCCUCAACUUUUCUCAUGGCUUACAAGCUUGGAGAGAAUCAAUAGCAUUCGACGAUCCCAGCCAUCAGAAUGCAAAUAUGCCUUUCAAGAUCGCGUAUCACCGCGCUUUGAGCGGCGGAAGUGCCCAAAGAGAGCGGAAUAUCCGAAACUGGUGGCGUGCCAUGGUUGAAAUUCACUCCAACUUGGGUCUGACAAAGGAUUCUGAUAGAAUACCUGCGCUCAUAGGACUUGGUAGUCAGGUAUCGAGGAUCUGUGGUAAGCCGGAACCACGAUUCGGGCAUUUUCUAGAUGGUCUUCCAUUGGAUUUGGGAUGGUGCGUCGCCCCUGCAGACAAGCAAAGACAAAUUCCUCUGGAUUCUGUACCAUCUUGGUCUUGGGCACACAGCAUAAAUCCGGUUCAGAUGCCACGGGAAGCUGCCGACGGUAUAAAGGUACACCCGGUAUUGUUGCUUGAGCCAUCACAACUCCUCCCGACCACGCUGAGACUUCAAUGCUCCGUCUUCAAAGGCUUCAGCGACAAAUUCAACACCCCCAACUUCCCCUUGACUGGAAGGUACUUUGCGGACAACGCCUCGUCCAGUGCAGUCACGGAACAGGAGCCAAACUAUAUCCUGCUGGCGUCAAUGGAAGAAGACCACACAUGGCUUUUCAUCCAUGUCAAACCUGUCGACCCGGGAAAAACGCAAUUUCACCGUCUAGGGCAUUUGGAGGUAAUGGCACGAGAAGGAAGUUCAUCUAACAGAGUCCAAAUACCUGAUGCCGAAGCUCUGAUGCGCGCUUGUUUCAUUUCGAUUGAAACCAUGGAGAUUGAUUUAGUCUGA